AACGAAAGCAAAGCCUUUCGCCCGAAGUAUCGGAAAGAAUACAAAUUAGCUCAAGCAUUAUUAUUAUAUUGGACGCAAUAAUCGUGGACAGAUUGGCUCUUAGGUACCGCCGAAAGCUGAUGUAGCAGAUGAAUGCAAAAUAUGAGGAAUCGGAACGAAAUUGCUGUGAGUCGUGUUACCUAACUUUGCUUGGCGCCAAAAUUUUGAGUGUGUCGAGUUGCAGCACGUAGGUACGUUGGUUUGUUAUGUUUUGUUUGCUUGAUUUCAGGGAAAAUAAACAUUCUCUCUUCAUGAUCCUUGAAGAUCGUAAAGCGUGAUUUGACGAAUAAGUCGUUUUGAUUUUAUGAACUCGUGUAGAUCAAUCAUAUUGUGUGUGAUGAAAAAUAUCGAGUUUGCCGAUUUCACAAAGCUUCACAGGCGUUUAAAAACAUCGAUCUUUCAAUACUCAGAAUGUAAAGGAUUUUUUCAAGGCUUAGGAAGAUCUAUUCGAUUGCCUUAAUGUGUCAUUUAUGGCUACACAAUUUUCUCUAGCAACCAAAAAACUUCUGUAAAAAAACCUCUGUACAUGUACUGUACAUAUAAGCUUAAAGCUGAAGCUUAUAUUUUUCAAAUAAGCUAUCAGCUGGAUUCUGUGAUUGAAGCUUAUCGUCACUAUACACUGACAUUCGAUAAUUCCAUUUCUUGUUCCAUCUUUCGACUGCCUUCGAUAAUCUUCCAAAGAAAUUCUUUUCCUAAGACAUCACAUUGCAUUAAAAUGACUGUCUUUUGAGUCAGAAAAUAAUUAAAUUUGUAUUCAAAUGUCUUCUUUGAGGCAAUUUACGCAAACUCGUGAUAAUCAAGCAUGUAAUUUUAAUAUAGUUUGCCAUAACCACAGAUGUUAUGGGAAGCAGUUUGCAAGAUAAUUUUUCUCUGAUAUCUGACUGGAAAUAAAUUGAAACAAGAGUAAUUGGCAUUUUUUUAGCCUAUUUUAAUGACAAAGUCUUGUCAACUUGUCAGUUCAGUUACUAUGACUACUAAUACAUAUCCCAAGCAUUCCUCUUGGUGUUCUACAGAGAAAGAGAAACUACAAUAUGUAUCCUGCCCCCUGCAGUAUUUAAUUUGCCUAUUUCAAAUUCCAUUUACUAAGGUCAACCCUUCACUGCAGAAUUUUGAAAUAAAUGAAUUCCAUGAUUUUGAAGAAAGCUGAUUUUCUGUUAUUGAUAGCUACACCAUAAGAAAACCCAGAAGUGUCUUCAUGCCCAGUAAAGUGCCAUUUCAGGUGGUUUACUGUUCCAGCUCUGAUGAUAACCAUCGUGAAAAAGAACUAGAGGUGUGUGUUAGUUUUUUCAUAGUUUUUAGUGGCAGGUUUUUACUAGCCAUGCAGGAAUUGGAGCCUUGUGUAAAUUGAAAGCCAAUCCAAAUUCAAGAACAUGUAAGUGUGGGUGCAAGGCCAUAUGCACAUUGAAAUAAAGGCCAUUGCAAUUGUGUUUGCACUUUUGUUUGUGCCACUUGCAGGGUUAAGGUCUAGAAAAUACUGUAGCCAUUCUCCUAUGGAUAGUUUUUUCUAAUCCUCCUCCCCUCCUAUGAAUUUCAGUUUACAAUGGAUAUGUACACGUAGGACCUCCCCCACCCCCUCAGAGAUUACUAUAUGACCCUCCAUGGGGUGGAUGUGGUUAUUUCGUGGGGUGGUAGACAAAACACUGGCUCAGUCCAUUCACCAUUUGCACAUCUCCCAUCACACAUCUUAUUUGCCCUCCCUGCAACAUUUUGCAUGACCUUUGUUAUUAAUUUCUCCUGGGAAAUGCAGUGUCCAGAGAGAAAUUGAAGACAAUGCUCGUCGGGCAAACAAGGUGUGUGCAGAUGGUAGAUGGACUAUCCUGAUGAACUACCCUGAUGAUGUGAACUAUGUUUUUAACAGAUUAUAAUGAAUCAUGGUAGGUACAUGAAGAAGCUCCCAGAAAAUAUAUUCAAACCAUAAUCCAUCAGAGAAGUGCAGCCUGGGGAUCAUUGUUUUGUCUAAUGCCAUUUUCUGGAAUAUGGAAUCACAUAAUGAUUGUGAAAGUUCCAGAAAAAAAGUUGAAAUUCAAUAACAAUAUUAAAUUCUCAUGUGCACUGUAGAGUUACACUAUAACAGAAUAAUUUCCUGUGAGACCCAAAUGACAGACCAUGGUACAGUGCUGGAUGUUCAAAAGGUGGAUAUGUAGCUCUAUCUGAUGGAUAAAUUCAGUACUAUCCAGAGGAUAAUUAUAUAUUAGGAAAACUGAUUGCUUUAUGCACUGGAUACUGAUUUUUCCAUUGCUUUUUGAAUACUAUCUAUCUUUUGAACAACUUGGGCCAGAUGGUAAAGCUAAUCAUGGAUUAAAAUGUUACCCUGGACCGGUGUCAACUACCAUUUUGCAACUUACCCCUGAUCUAUAGAAUGCUGUGUUUGAUAUCUGACAGUUUAGACAUUUACUUUCUUUCAGAUAUUAGUAAAAUCCAACUAGUGGUCUAUUAUUAAUGCUGCAUUCUGAUUGGUUGAGCUACUACUAGGCUAUAUAUUAAAGCCCACUAGUAGGGAAAAGUGCUGGCUUUGAAAACGAAAACAAUGGCGGCUGAAUCACAUUUUGCUAGCUAAAGUUGAUUGUCUCAAUAUUUUUGAACAACUAGUUGGAUUUUACCAAAAUAAUUAUUCCUCUCGCCCUCAUGGUCUCUGAGUCAAUAGCCAAUUCGGCAUUUGGCCUCAUGGGCUAUUGACUCAGAGCCCAUUCGGGCUUGAGGAAUAAUUGUUAAUUAUUGCAGUGAUUAUUUUUUUUUUUUACUUUGUAGUCGCACAGUCCCACAACAAAAGGAUGGCAGUCUUCAAGGUAAGAAUAACAUAUAGGAUGAUGUUUCAUUAAAUUCAUUUUAUGUGUGUUACGCAAUUUAUUGUAAUCUAAUAACAGAGCAUUGUCCUCCUUUUGUCAGGUUUUGUCUGUAUCCUCAGGAGCUGAUAUUGCUAAUGAACGAGCCGACUCGAAUAAGGAAACUACAGCUCCUUUCCCACCAAUUUAUGAUAUGUAAGUAUUUUCUUUUUUUUAAUGAGCUAAUCUGAUUGCUUUACCCUAAUCGCUCAAGAGUGAGCAAAAUUCAGUUCCUUAUACAGGUAAUGAUUAACGGUACAGGGUUUGUACAGAUAGUCUUGAAUUCUUGAAAAAUACUCGAGAUGUUCCCAGCAAUUUUUCAGACCUGGAAAAACCCGAAAAAUGGUAAAAAGUCUUGAGUUUAUAUUUUUGUCAAAGCGACAACAAUAAAUGAAUUUUUUUUCGUUUUGGUCAAAUCUUAUUCAAUCUCGCCCGGACACUUGCAGUGCGCAUCAUGAAAGAAGCUUUGUUCCUGCAUUUUUUGGGGUCUCUAUUGAUCACCUUUUUGAUAACCUUGAGACUGGGAAAAGAAAUCCAAGGUUAUUAUUAUUAUUGUUUUGUAAAAAUGUCUGGACUGAAAAAGUGAUGAAUUUUGGAUCCAAAAAUCUGUACAGACCUUAAUUGUAGUAACACUGCCUACCUAAAAUAUGACAAUCAAACAUCGAGAUCAGAAAAAAAGGAAAUGAUCAACAGUUGGAAAAGAUCUCGAUUGUUAAACAAAUUUUUGUCUUCAGUACUAUGGGAAAAGUAUGGAAGGCGGUCAUGAUGAUGUUCGGGUUUGAAGGGUUAACCCAUUAUAUCUUUCAUUUUACAUGUUGACGACAUCAGCUAGUAAAGUGGAGGUUUUAAUCAGCCAAGUUCCAGCUGGUCACUCACCGUCAUUGCUGACUUCAAAGUUCAAACGACUUGGGUGAGUUAAAGCUUGAUAUUAGUAAGCCCCUCAACAUUACAGUGUAUGAGAAAAUCUUAGUCCUGGAGCCCAUUUGGUCAAGGUCGGGGUUUUACAAUGUAGUACUGUUUAAAAACAAGCAGGAGUGUAUCUAAUACACGCGAUUGUGAGUCUUUUGAAUAGCUUCAAAAUUUCUGACACAGAUCAACUCAUUCUUGCCCUAGUAUUUAGAGUUGGGGUUAUUUUGGUCUACAAAAUUGGACGCAAAGUUUAGCUGUGUCUUUAUCAGACAUAAAGACACUCAUUAAACAUUAAUUCCUUUUGUUUUCUUUAUUAUUAUUGAUGAUUGUGCGAAAUAUCAGAAGCCUUGAUAGUAUGAUUGGUCGAUAAAUCCAUUUUGAAAUUUGGCUUUGGGUCCAAAGGGACUUUCAAGAAGGGGCAGUCCUGAGUGCGAACUGACAGUGGACUGUCUUUUUAGGAUUACAAAACAAAUUAUGGGACUAUUGUUGUCACAUACUCAUUUGAAUGGUGAAAACAAUAGUCCACAGUCAGGGCUUUACACUGACCACUUUCACAAAAUGUGGUAGCCUCCUGGCCCAGUAGUCUCCCUCGAACCUAUUUUAGUCUUGUCAACACUCUGCCUCAGAUAGCAUCAGAGACCUUUAGAUUCUAGGACGAGAACGACUACGAACUUACGAUAUUUGACUGAUAGUUUUUUCGCGUAUUCUCAAAUUAUUGACACCUUAGAAAGCUUCAUUGCACUUCUUUUUCACCAAAAAGUUAACACUGUUAUGUUUACUGAAGGAGCUUAAGCCAUCUCACAGCCUCAAAAUGAUAAAACCUCUAACACUUAUAACUGCUCUCUGUUACCAUGACAUUCUCACUAAAACUCUUAGUAGAAUGAUGACAGCAAUCAUGUUUUUCUGCCAAAAUGGUGCUGGUUCACGCGCAAGCCCAUGCAGUACGUAGUAUUGAGAAAAUCUUGUACUCGUAGUUGACUCGUCUCAGAACCUAAGGGCCUGUAUUAUGUGAUGACACUUAAAACAGCUGCAAGGAAGACUACUGGCGCGUCCACCCGAAGAAAUUCUAUUGCUUGCUUCCUGUACUGGUCCUUAAAAUUAAUAUAUAGCAAAUGUUUGUUCUUCUUCAAGGUUUGAUUGCCAUGUUAUAUAGUUCCAGAUGGUGAAUCCAGAAUCCAAAAAUAUAACAACCUUUAGUUUUCAGAGCAAAAAAUGGAGAAUCUUACAUUGUCUUAACCGUAACUGUGGCAGGAUUAGCUCAGUCAGUAGAACACACUGAGAAAUAAAUGUACUGCCUUUGCCCUGCAAAUUGUAGGCCUUCGCAUAGCUUGGAUGACCACAAAAUAUGGUGAUCCCAUCUCCAUUAGGAGAUUUAAAAAAUUGUGUCCCCAAAGUGUCUACAGACUAUGUCUUUUUUAAAAGAAUAUUUAACAUUUUCAAAACAAGUGCAAAUAAAAUCUUACACAGUUUUUUAUUAUUCUUUCUUUUAAAGUUAUGUUGGACUUUCUGACAAUGAAAGCACAGGCUUCAAGGUAGUGACAGAGAUAAUGCUCUAUUGAUAAAUAACUGAGAUAAGCAGUGGUUUUUUUUACCAGUAAGCUUAAACUCUAUUUUGGAUUUUGAUUAGGGCUAUGAGACAUGUUUUGUGUUGUUCAUUUACCUUAGCACACGUGACCUGUACUCUAACCUGCACCUGUGACCUGUGACCUGUUUAGUGUUUUGUACCUGCCAGAGAUUAAUGCUUAUAAGUUUUUUUGGUUUAUAUUAUCAAGAAUGUGCAUGUGCAGUAGAGUUUAGUAGAGAGCAUUUUUUCUGCUACAGUUUAUGAAAAAUACUGUGUUGAGUGUGAAUUUAAUCUUAGGUCCAUCCAUAGAAUCAUGCUACAGUCUUAAUAAUGUUUCUUGUUUCUGCUGUGAGAUACUUGAUGCAAAUCUCUGGCUUUGAUGUCUUAUACAUUGUAUUUCAUUGUAGGCAAGGGAGCUGAAAUCCAUCCAUCUUGAUGCUGAAGGGCAUUUUAUGAAGCUAGUUUUACAUAAGAAUCAUGUCAACAAGUACAAUAUUUAUAAUCAGGCAAGUGGCUUAAAAACAAGCUGGUAGUGAUAAUCUACUUUUUUAUUCCACUUCAAGAAAUAAUUCAUGACUCUAAAUUUAACUGUCCCACUAACAGCAGAACAAAAGAAGAUUAUAAAAUUAUACAGUCAACCCUCCGGGCGCUUUCCAUUUAGUCAAAAUUUCCAGAAUUUCUGGAUCGGCGGUAAAUGGAACACAUUUUGUCGGUUCAUCCCGCUGGAAAAUUCCCAGAAAAAGUGGAAAAUGUAAAAAGGUAGGCCCAUUUUCCCGGGUUGGAAUUUCCGAACGGAAUUUCGUGUUUUUUAUUGACACGUUUCUCGUAGUUUGUACCAGUUUGUACCAGGUCCACGGUCGGAUACCGCGACGUACUGGGGUUUACGACCAAAUGGAACAAGUUUUUACCAAUCGGAAAUUCCAUUUUUGCUCCCACUGAAAUUUCCAGGUUUUUUCCCCAAAUGGAAAGUGUAAUUUCCCUUUGUUUUAUUCUACUGUCCUCAGCCUUUUAAGCGACCCCUUGAAGCGUGGUCCAACCUCUGUGUUCCCUGUAUGACUGUAGUAUGCUACUCAAAAUACACAAAGAACUUUUAGUGAGAACAUGGAACUAUUACACAUAUUGUGGCAUGCAAUUACAUGCAAUAAAUUAUCUUAUAUAAAGUAAAUGUGUCCAGACCUCUUCUCUUAAGCAACCACUAAAAUGGUAGUCUUCGCAUUUUCGGUGGUUGCUUAUGGGAGGCUUGACUUUACAUAUAGAUACACACAGAUGGGCAGAUAAAAUGGGGAGAUUAUUAUAAACGGGGGGCUAUUAUUCGAGAAAAAAAUGUCUGUUUACCUCUAGGCAGGCUAAAAAUCAAGGUGGAAGGGGCACUUAUAACUAGGAUUUUGAGAUGUUUCUUUUUUUUGGCCAUAGGUUGGUUUAGUCGCUGUAAAUGUGAUUGGAGAUCGACUGGAUGAUCCGCUUGAUCCUAAUCCUGUAAGUAGACAGCAAACAGCAACCUUCAGUUAAUCUGAUCAUGAAGAAAGUUCUUACACUAUCUACGUAUAUUUUAUCGGUCAGAUCAUGAUAACUCACAAGAAUCAGAUACCACUUUCAGCCAAGGGGCUCCUGAAAAAAAAAUGCUCAUUUUGAAUGUCUCGUGUUAAGUUACCGUAAAAUUCCGAAAAUAAGCCCCUCCAAAUAUAAGCCCCCCAAACCGGUAACGCAAAAAAACCUCCGUUAAAUCGCCCCUCCAAAAUUAAUAUAAGCCCCCCGGGGACUUGUACUUCGAAAAUUGCCCGCAAAUACAAAGCAAAACAAAGCUAAAACGGUACAUUUAUUUCCAACUAUAAGACUAGCCCAAUCGAUUUUGAAACAAAACAUCCCUCCGUAGAUAAGCCCCUCCAAAAAUAAGCCCCUCAAAAAGGGCCUUUGAAAAAUAUAAGCCCCGGGGCUUAUCUUCGGAAUUUUACGGUAUUUGCUAGAGCAGUGUACUCUUAGAUACAGUAUUCAAAUCUGAUUCUUCAUAGUUAGGAAAUAAUUCCGCCGUGUGAUCAAUGCUAUUUUAUUUUUGUCGGAUGUGGUUAAGUUUCCUUAAAGUUAACGUCAUUGUAAUGAAUGAUAUUGUACCUUAUAUAGCAAAUUGUAUACAAUGAAAUAUUAUUUUUUCUCUUUCCUUUACCAGUUGAAAAAUGUUGACAGCUUGCUACAGGGGUACAUGAAUCCCAACUCAAACCAGGGACCUGUCUGGGGGAGAAUAAACAAGUACGUUCAUUGAAUGCAGUGGGCUACAGUUGAACCUCCAUAAUUCGGCCAGUAAUCAAAGUCCCAAAGUAAUAAUUGUAGAAAAGAACGGAAAAUUAAACCUCUAUUAAAUGGCCACCCCGAUUAAGUGGCCACGACCACCUUUUGGCUGUCACAACGGGGAGCUCUUCCAUUGUUGUCACCUGUAUCAAGUGGCCAUGAAGCGCUUGAUACACUUAUUUUGGCUUCAUUUCAAGGAGAUGAUGGAGGAAAAUACGGUCUUAGAUGGAAGUUGACGACCGGUUGUGGACUAGACUUCCUCAAAGCCCGUUUAUCUGGUUUCUGCUGGUUAGGUGGUCAGUCAGGAAACGACUUACGCCAACAGGCAGUGCCUGCGGCAUUGUGUUAUAUUAUAUGCGCGCGCCGGUUUUCCCUCGCGUGUGUGAUUAUCGCAUCCAUCUUGUUGUACGAGCGAUUCCGUUGACAUUAAAGCUGACUGUCCCGACCUUCGUAGAGUACACGCCCACCUUAAUCAGGGAACACGCCCGUCCAAGAAGCUUACUAAUAUUCGGGAUGUUAAGCGCUAUCUCAGUUCUGUUUCUAUUGCUAGUGACGGACUUCUUGUGGUCAAGCACACUCUGCCGUUCGUUCCUGUGGCGGAAGCAAUCGUUGUCCCGAGGUCCGUCCUGGACGGCCUUCUUACCGCCCUUCAUAUUAAACUCCACCAUCCAACCCGCCAUCAGUUUCAAAUGGUACUCCAACGCCAGUUUUUCGCUCUGGACAUGAACGAUGCCAUCUCUCGCGUAACAUCUGCCUGCCACACUUGCGCCUCCCUGAAGUCGUUUCAAGCUCCUUGGUCAAGCAGUCGUCUGACGACCCCCAGAGGUCGUAGGCGUCUCCUUCGCUGCCGAUGUAAUCAGACGCUGCCGUCAGCUGAUCCUAGUACUGCGAGAAUGCACCACGUCCUUCACUGCUUCCUGCCUAGUACAUGACGAGAAACACGAUACCCUCCGUGACGCCCUCACACAGCUAAUUGUCGGCCUCCACCCACUUGACGGCCCAAGAGCAAUUAUACGUGUAGAUCCCUCCCUGGCUUUCAGUCCAUGGCCAACAAUGACUCUCUCAACCACCUGAACGUAACAAUCGAUGUCGGUCGCGUUAAGAACAAAAACAAGAACCCAGUCGCUGAGAAGGCUGUCCGUGAACUUGAGGAAGAGCUCAUCAGACAAGAGCCCGGUGGCAGACCAGUAAGUGCAGUUGGUCUUGCUCUCGCCACUGCCCGUCUUAACUCCCGUCUUCGCCUUCCUGGCCUAUCAUCUCGCGAGUUGUGGACUCAACGCAAUCAGUUCACCCACGAACAGUUGCCGUUGUCUGAUUACGACCUCAUACUUGGUAAACACGAGCAACGUUCCACUAACCAUGCCUCCAGUGAGAAGUCUAAGAACCCCCGCGGUCUUAUUCCAAACACGCCUUCACUACAGGUUGGCGACAUUGUAUACCUCAUUUCCGAUAAGGACAAGUCUCGCGCGCGUGAUCGCUAUAUUGUGGUUUCCAUCGACUUCCCUUGGUGCUUCGUUAAGAAGUUCAGUGGUUCACAACUGAGGGCCACCUCCUACAAAGUCAAGUUGUCCGAGUGUUACGCUACUUCUCCCUCCGUUAUAGUGGCCGAUCAUUCUGGUCCUCCGGCUUCUCAAGACCAGGAUGAUGAGCCUUCUCCGGUAACCCCCGCUGUGCCUGCUGCCUCAGUAUUACCAGAGUCACCUCCUCCCGCGCCGCCUGAGCUUACCUUGGUACCGUCUGACGAGGAGCAAUUCCCUUCGUCCACGUGUGAUGACACUACCGUUGACGCCCCUAUUGGCGUUCCCCCACUACCUGUUCUACAGGGGGAGCCCAGCACCAGUGCGACAGCCCCAGAUCAGGCCCUGCCAUCCUGUCCCAGUUCUUCUCCUGAGACUCCUGGUCCAAGACCUCAAAGACAGCGCAAACCACCUUCGUAGUUAAAUGACUAUGUUAGAUUUUAGCCUUUGCGUCGUUACGUUUUAUCUUGCAGCGAUAAGUUUUAACUCGCAGUGACUGUUAGGCCUUAGUCUGUUUGUUAUCAGGUUUUGUUUUCCAUUAUGACACUAUAUCUUUCGUCUCGGUUCUAACCUUUUAGGUAGUUUGCAUUCAUUUACGAGGAAGAAGAGGUCGCGCCAACAGGCAGUGCCUGCGGCAUUGUGUUAUAUUAUAUGCGCGCGCCGGUUUUCCCUCGCGUGUGUGAUUAUCGCAUCCAUCUUGUUGUACGAGCGAUUCCGUUGACAUUAAAGCUGUUAGAGUUCCUUCGUUGUUCGUUGUGACGUUCCUGUCUCCUCAACAUUGGCGUUAUGUCACCUUCGGCUUUCACGCAGUCGACUUGUGGCAAGUCUAGUUGUGGACCAGUAAUGCUUCUCCUAUCGUGCAUUUGUUUCGAAAUGAAGUGUUGUCAUGACAAACCUCUGUUGAGACGCCAACCUCCAUUAACCGUCCACUUACUGGUACCCCGAGGGUGGCCACUUAAUGGAAUUUCAACUGUAUUAUUAAAAGUGUGAUUUAAUUCCUGUACAUUAAUACAAUGUUUAAUAUGGUACAACACAGGUUGAAGAAAGGCAGCCAAGGCUAAUUUGGACCUACCUAACAACAUGGAAACCUAAAGUUAAAUCUGACUACAGUGAAAAAUGAAGAAGUCUAAUGUCAUUUACAAUAUUUUUGUUCAUACACUAUAGAUUCAUCGACACAAUCAGUUAUGCCAAAAAGAAAAAUGACAUUUUGUACAUAAAAGUAAAUCUAAAAUAUUUUUUGUACUCUUUGAUUUAUAGACCUGAUUAUAUUUCUCGUUUGGAUGACUUGUCUUUUGACAUGUAUCAGGUGAGACUGAACAUCCCUUGCAAUAAAAUGAACACUUACUGGCUGGUCAAUAUUUCCCUUAGCUCCGAUCCGCCCCGCGCAUUUUUGGAGAAUAAUGUUCCUCCAUAUAACAAUAAUUUGUUGAUGCUUUAAUUUUUUCACGCGUGAUUUUUUCUAGGAUCCUGAAACAGCUGCCUUGAUAAGAAAACUCAAUGACAAGAAACAAGAAGCAGUUCAGCGUAAGAGCUUGAAAACCUUAUUGCACUUUUCCCAAAGAAAAUCCUUAUGUUUUCAGAGAAAGUCAGUUGGUUAUUCUUCUUUUCACAGGAUAGUGACAUGUCUUGAUGUCCUUUCAUUUUGCAGUGAAACAGCUUUUGCUUGAGAAAACAGCCGACAUUUUGCGACAACGCCAAUAGUUUCCCCGGGCUCAGAAACUCCAUAAAUUCCUUACUGAUGACGUGUAACUACCCUGAUAUAGGUAUUUCUUCUGAUUGGUUGAAAAUUUGCCCCAUCCAAUCAGAAGCACUAACCAGAUCUGGGUAGUGACACGUCAUCAGGAUGGAAUUUCUGCGCUCGUUUCUCAGAUGUCAUUUCGCGGGGAAACUUGUGAUGACGUCGCGAAAGGUUGGCUGUUUUCACAGGCUGUAAUGAAGUGUUGAAGAAAACUUAGUUUAGAGUAUUCAGCACUUUACCCAGAGAAUGUCACCAAAUGAUUUUAAUUCUAUUCUUAUGUACUGUACAUUAACAGAGGAAAGAUACGACUAUGCUAAGAAGCUGACGGCCGUCAUCUCAGACUUGUAUAAGGUUUGUAAAACCAAAAUUUAAAAUUCAUUUUAUAAUACACUGGCCGAGGUAUUUUAAGAUGUUUUGUAGCUAAUGUACCUGAAAGGAAACUCAUCCUAGCCAAGGUUGAGCUCAUUUUGAAUUUUGAUAGUAUUUUCUCAUGUUUGGUUUGUUUGUUUAGUUUGUGUUUUCAUAUUCCCUCCUUUCGAGUUCUUGUUGUAAAUUACAAAAGGAGGUGUUUGUUUUUUGUUGAAAGGUUGGCGAGAGACUUGGUCGUUAUGAAGUCGAAAAGAAGAAAGCUGUCGAAAUGGAGAAUUAUGAUCUUGCCAUGGAAAAGAAAGUAUGUUCACAUCCUUUUUACAUGUGUAUCAUGGCUCCAGAAAUGUCCCCUCCUGAAAAAGUAGAUUUUCGUCCAGGCACGUCAUCUUGUGGCUAAAUCAUUAGGAAACUAAAGCAACCUCGACGGCGCCGGGGUGAAAACGUGACUUAAUUUGAUUUUCUGUUUCUGGCAGAGGCAGAGCGAUGAAUUCCGUUUGUACGUCUACAAACAACUUGACAUUCAAGAGCUGUUAGAGCUAGAUGGGGUAAGAUUCAACAUAUGGUUAACGUUGGAGGUGGGUGCGCGGCAUGUCCAAGGGCUUCCACUUUUGGCAAAGCUAGCCCUUAGAUAGAUUUACACCCCCAUGGCUGGUAAACCGGCGCCUUCAGCCAUGAGCCGCCACGCCAAUGGAACCAGGCACCUGUCACACUGAUUUAUCAGUGGAAUGAAGCAGGGGAGGGAUUGGGGUAAAUGAAUGAUUUAUAACGACGAGAGUGGCCGCUAGGAAACGCUGUACUAAUAGGAGUAUGAUGCUAGCAGAGCUGACCACGCAUGCGUAACCACACUGACCGCUGACCUACAACACGCGACGGUGCUCCUUUAACUUUAUGAGAAGUCUCUGGAACCCAGGGUAGUUGAGUCGCACUCGUGAGCAAAUUGGAAUCAGAUUCCUAAGCGAAUGCAAAAACGAAGACGAUUUCGGAAAGGACGAAUAUGACAGAAUCAGAAACAAGAACGCGUGGAGCAGAAGGUUAUCCUAUGUUUGUGAUUCCAUUGCUUGUCUCGAAUUUCGCUAUGGAACUUUUUGGGGGGACGAAUUUUGACACAGUGUUCUGCGCAACCUCGUAAUAGCCAACUAAGAGGAGAUGACGUCCUCAAAACUAACCUCACGCACAGUCGUCCUCAAGGCUUCGUUUCGCGUUCCUCCGUUCAGAGCUGCACUCUACUACUAUAGUGUAGUUAACUUAGACUUCUAUUUAUCUUAAUCUAACUGAAAAGUAAAAGUUGUGAAAAGAUCAAAAUUCCCUCCUCGUCUGUCAUCUUGAAAAUGUUGGUUGGUUUUGAAACAUGAUUGAAAUGCCAGUCAUGGCUGUCCUAAUAUAAUUAAUGGGAUAAUUCAGACUGUCAGUAAUGGUGUAGAAGAGUUUCCCCAGUCUUUAAUAUACGCCUCAAGGUUUACAGGUACAAUAUUUAUUGAACAGUACAAUGCUUAUUUUUGUCUCUUUUCUGUGCAGCGGCUGUCACAUGAACACAAGCCAAUAAACAUAAGUAAGUAUAUCAUCGCAUUUCGAUGUUGUCUCUUUGUAAGUCGUGAGGAUGACGUUGAGAUUACGUUUGGAAUAUUUCGCUCUGAAGACUUCUUUGGUUUGAAUCCAAGUCUUAAUUGUAACUAAAGUUUCUUGAUAACUCUAUCUAUGGGUCUCUGAAAUUCUUAUCCUCAUGUUUACAAAACUCCUUAAGAAUAAAUGAACUUCUGUCACUUUUAAUUGUCAUGGCAUUCUCAGCGUAUUUUUUGACGUUUUCAGCCCCACCACCCCUCCCUCCCAUAGCAACAGAUCACAGUCGCCAGCCUCCUCCCCCUCAACAUCAAGAGGAAGACAAAAGAACACCGCUCCCGCUGGCACCGAUAAGAGAGCGAUAUUCACCGCAAGAGGAGACCCCACCUGCCAUUAGUCUCAGAAAGGUAUCGCCUCUAAAAAUGCCAUUAUACAGUCUACUCUCUCAUUGCGACCACUUGGUAGAAGGUCGUACUUUAUACCGCUUAACAUGGCCCGAACCUAUUAAUUAGCGUGUUGGUCACCUUUUUGAAUGGCGCUUUUCAGCGGGAAAGAUUCGAUUUCGUAUGAUUUUUGGCCCCCUUAUAAACAAUGGUGGGACGUUACGAAAAUGUUAUCAAGUUUCUGACCAUAGGUAUGGAAACCAAAAACGAAAACGUUCAAGAUUUAAGUUACAUUGACACGAUUACGUUGAUUACAUUGCCACGACAGAUUUAGGAUGCAUAAGUUGCUGGCAGCUACAUGUAGCUAGUUUGCUAAACUGCAUUUAGCUUGAAGUACACGUAGUUUUUAUUAUAGAGGCAUAAUUUGAUUUGAGAAAAUGAAAUAAGCAUUUUAGUCAUAAACAUCCCUCCUUGUCAAGCAGUUAUGCGCCUUAUGAAUACAUGUAUGUUGACAAUAGGUGUUGUUUCUCUAUUUAGUUACAACAGCUAAAAUUAAAAUUCCUUCCACAGGAGGAUCUUGCUGAUGAUCGGCCUCUCCCAGCAUUAAACAACAAAAGGUAAGAUUAAUCUGUUCCGCCUUGUUGAACCGCUUUUCACAGUCACACCAGGUCAAGCGUACCCCUUAGAUUGUAUUAACGAAUCGAUUAUUUGAAAAGUGAAUCCGUUUGUCGUUGCUGCAACUAAUAUCAAAUUCAAAUCUGCAUCUCAAUGCGUCAUGAGCAGUGAAUUUUUUUAACACAACUUCUCUGUAUCCGGUCAGAUUGAAAAAAAAAAUCUUUGAAUGAUUGAAGCAAGAAUGAUUGAAGAAAGAGAUUUCAGACUCCAGAUAAAACUUUUAGCACACACAAGCUUCCGAUUCCGUCUCGGAAUCUUUACCAAGUGAUGUAAGUCGACGUUUUUUCACGUGAUAUAUACCGUUAAUCACGUGACAAAACGUCUGGGACACCGGUUACGAGCUCCCCGCGAUCUACCGGGACGUUUUCGCUCGUGAUUCACAGUAAAAAUCACGUGACAAAACGUUGAAUUGCAUCACUUGGAAAAGAUUCCGAGAUGGAAUCGGAAGCUUGAGUGUGCCAAAAGUUUUAUCUGGAGUUUGAAACCUCGUUUAUGUUAUUUACAAACUUCUUAUUGAAAGAAGUGAACUAUUGAAAGAAACAUUGAUAUAAACGUGUCAUAAAUGCGUUGUGUUUUACUUUUAUUCUGCUAGACCCACGGAAAUCGAACAAGAAGGGGAAAGUCCCACGGAAAAUGUUACAAACUCAGGUCCGACCAGGUUUAUCCGUUCUCGCUAAACUUAUCUUUAUCUAUAGUAUUAUUUUACUUUUUGCUAGGCUUUUAGUCAUUGGAAGGAAUUUAUAAAACUGUUUUUCUUUGAUUAAAGGAAUUGCGCAGGGAACAGACUUCCAAGACAUGGAAGUAUUUCGAGUUCUUGGAUGUUGAUGAUGUUGCUGUUUCUUUUUGUCGCCAGCUUUUAGUCCGUUGAAGUCUCAAUGCUUAAUUGUCGUCUUUUUGUGAUAAUUUAAGUGUCUUGUCUUAACAAUCGUGGGUAGAACAAUUAACAUUCAGAGCUGGCUGGAAUUCGCAAUAGAUGAAAUUUCUUUGUUUCUCCAAAGCCAAAUCUUCGCAGAUCGUCUUCGAAAGUCCCUCUGUUUAAAAUUGUUUUAAAUGUUUAAACCCUGAAAGAAGUGAUGUAAUGACACUGUUGCCUCACCAGAGAUGCAAACUCCAAUCGUAGAUAGCUACGCAUAUACACCUGUAACAAUAAUUGUUAACAUUGAGGCUUUCUUUGUCGACAGAUGGUCCCGAGCCUCUUAAAGAAAAUGAUCUUAGAACUGCGUCACUAAUCAUCGAAGUUUUUGGAGAAAACCUGGUAAGUACGUUAAGCCAUUGUGCACUUAAAUGAAUGGGUACCCAAAAAGUUAACUUUGCUCGUUCAUACUGUGACGGUUGUUUGAUUUGUCUUUUAGGUACAGCAUGCUUAUUCCAAACAGUGGAAGUAUCGCCAAGAGGCCAUGGAAAAUGUUGACAGGGAAUUGACCGCUGACGUACCCGAACUGACGUCAGACAAAGAUCCCAAGACUGUUGUCAAGGCAACUGUCCUUCUAAUUCAGAAGAGAAUCAAUGAUCAAGUGUUUUCAGUAAGACUGAAAAACCUUAGUCAUCCAAAAUAGUUGAACACUAACGAAGGUAUCGCUACACAAAGACGCGAAAUUUUACAGGCAUUUGUAUCUUGGGCGGGCAUUUGGUGCCUCCGAUACAAACUUCUGUAACAUUUUGCAACUUUGUAGAGCCAUAUCUUCACUCUUUUCUGACGUAUCACCCUCAAACUUGACAAGUGUACCAAUGUAAAUGCGUUCUUGCCAGCGGUAUGCAUGGAUUUAUACCAACUGGUUCUUGUUACUGAAAGGUUGUGAAAAACCGUGGAGCGUCUAUUAUUGCGGGCCGUUAAGUUACCUUCCACUUUGCAACCUACAGACCUUCAUUCUUUCCUUGCACUGUCCCAGAGUGGAAUCACUGCUCCCUCACAUUCGGAACGGUUCUUCUGUUGACUGCUUUAAGUCUCCCCUUAUGCGAGACCAAGAAAUUAACGAUUUAAUCACUAAAAGUUAUUACCAUUAGUAAAUAACCGCUGACCGUUCCCUAUGCAUGUAUAUCCCAUGUGGGAGUUUUGCAAUGUAUUAGAUUUAGAUUGAGCUGCAGUCACAAGACUGAUAACGAGUACGAUUUUUCCAACCAAGUUCAAGGGUAAACUCGUUCUCUUACUCCAUUACGUUCUCGUUCGUUUAAUUUUGUUUUUUUUGGUUAAAAAGCAAACAAACAGAACAGAACAACGGAAAAACAAGCAAACAAUUGCAAAGGUCACAUCGUUAAUUGGAAGCAUAUUAAUAGAGCUUUUUAUCGUGUGUCUCACAUGUUAAAUUCGUUUUGCAAUACGACAAUUUGAUAUUAUGUUUAUACGAAAACGGGGAACGGGAAAAUUGCCAAUGGAAACAAAACCUAAAUUAAACCUUGUCCCUAUCAAUAACUUCAUCGUACAUUCUCUGUUAUGUUUCUAUUUUUUAUUUUCCCGUUUCCCGUUCUCCGUUUUCCGUUUCCCGUUCCUCGUUCUCCGUGCCCCGAUCUCCUUUUUAGUAACAUCCAUUUGAAUAUAGAAAAUUACAUAUUUUAUCUUAUUCUUUGAUUCGUAACGCUGAAAUGUCUUGUUCCUUAGGUAUUUAAUACCUGCCUUGUGGUAUUACGUUCACUGAUCAAGACCUACAUUCCUCAUCACAAGUAAGACUUUUUAACAUUCUCUUUGUCAGCCACGGUAAACUAUUCAUAGCUAUGUUUUCCCCAUGGUUUUCAGUAACAUUAUUACUACCGGAUUCAUAGAUGAAACAAGAGGACAUGAGGAGAAACAACUCUUCGCCACACACUCGCUUCCCAGAGGUGGUUGAAAGUGGAACCUUUGAACGUCAUUUCCCCGAGUUCCCUAAGGCCUGUUUCUCAAACGUCUUGGUAACUUUUCGGGCCCGUAAAACUGUUUUGUGUUUGCCGUGUUUACAUUCAAGAUCAAAAUUUCAAUAAUUUUGAAAAUGAUGCAAUGACACUAUCAGUCAACGAAGCAAAAUUGACUAAGAACUGUGCUACUAUUCUACAAGUCUUGAUUUUAAAAUUUGCCUUUGGGCCUGAAACAUUUCCUGGCCUUUCGAGAAACGGGGAACCGGACUCGAAAGGCCUUACCGGGAAGGUCUAUUAAGGCGUUGAAACACUCACAAAGAUUUAAAUGUAAGGGUGAGCAAACCAAGGCUUAAUUCUUCAGAAAACAAUAUGCCUUUUCUAAGUUGCCCCAAGUCUUUAUUUCCAAGCGGGGCUAAGUGCAAAGCCAUUGAUAUGAAAAUUUUCUAUAGAUAGUUUUCACUGUCACGCAAAAAAGGAUAAAUUAGAAACUUUCCAGUGGAAGAAGCCAAGAAAAUGAAAUGUUAUAAAAGACUAAAAUAUAAACGAUUUGUCGCAGUUUCAGGUCUUUGAGGGCCACAGUUUCUGAGUUAUUUGCGGAAACGUUUCAUGCACCUUUGAAGAGCUUUGUAUGGAGACGCCAUAUUGGUGCACCGUUUUGGUCCACCAAUAUGGCCGCCGGAAAUCAACAAAAACUUCUGGAGUUCAUUUUUUCUAGAAAAGCACUUUCUUUCACUCCAGAACUAGCAUACGUGCACAUAAACAUAUCUUCUAAUACUUGAAAUGGUAAAAAAAAAAAAUGAAAAAUCAAGAGGAGAGACUUUUUUUCAACAAGACAGCAUUCCUAUUGUGGUGUCACGCUCUGUAAAAACUCGGAAGUUCAAAUUGCUGUAUUUUCGAAAUGAUAUAUACUACGGGAAUGGAAACUGGUACAAAGAUUUAUUUUUUGUAUAUCUUCAACCUAGUGUAAAUAAGAAUUCGUAAAACCUCGCUAUUUUGACUUUACAAUUUGAUGACGUCACAGUGAAAACCAUUUAUUCUCAAUGAUGCAAAUACAGUCAAACCCCCUGAUUAUUACAGACAGUUUGCUUUGUCCCAGGGGAAAGAAAGCCCUUACUUUUUCUCUAAAUUCAACCCUUUUAAAAGGGACACCCUAUGAACUUUCUAUGGCCCCCUCAGCGUCCGUACUAAGGGGAUAUUACUGUAAUACUCAUUUGCACAAGAUAGGUUUUGUACUUACCCUCGUUUUGAAAGUGAGAUUUUUUGGAACUCGGAAAUGACCUAUUAGUGUUCCAUGAGGCCACCGGACCGGUUUACGGUCAAGUCGCAGAAAUGCUGAGUUAUCUGACUCGAAAUUUUAUCGUGCUCAACAAUAUCCUAGCAUCCCUAUUACCAUUUGCCCCGCUUGUUUCUUCUGAUCGAAGGUUUCUAGAACGAGAUAGAUCACCGCGCUUGUUUCGUUGUUAAUCAAGGGAUAAAGAGCGAGAUAUUAUUACACAUUUAUACUGCAUGUUACACAUUAAUUCCGCUUGUUUCGUCGCAUGAUGUUUUAAAAAACAGAUAUAUAUUAACACACACUCUUUAUUUAACAAAAAUUAACUCUGUUUCUCUGUGCACUUCACCUGAUAAAAUUCGGUCGACAUGACUCCGCAUUUAGGGCGACUUAACUCUGGUUACGGGCGACAUAACUUCGAGCGACAUGACUUUCUGGCGACUUGACCGGUUACCCACCGGACCAUCUGCCGCCCUCAAACGAAACCUGUGCUUAUAUGAUGCGAUGAUUCGUUUUGUUUUUUUUUUUUGGCACAAUAAUAGGGCCAAAAUACCUAGAAUUUGCUGUUCCUUAUUGAUUUAAUAGUCAAACCUAUUGAUAAACAAUUGUUUUAUCUUCUUUCAGGAUCGUCAAAUCAGAAAUGUCACAUGUCUUGGAAAAGGUAAUACCUUGUGAACGCUUGUUAUACUUUUAGAAAAUAAGUCAUUAUUAACUUGAAGUUGAUGAGAUAGAAAACAGUAGUCAAUGUUAAGACGAAAAUAUUGUUUUAAAAGUAAUUGUAAGUAUAUAGCUAUCUUUUGCCUUGGUUGCUGUGUUGGAUGGGAGUGGUUGUAAUGGUUGUGGUUCGGGUGAUAAACAUUCGUCGAUAUGGCCAUGAUAUGUUCAGUUUUCAUAAUUACACAUGUGAAAGUAUAAAUUAACGCUGAAAUUUAGCGCCAAAAUUACAGAGUAAUUUGUCACCCAUGAUAUUAAAGAUUUAUCUUAUCAAAAAGCAUCAUUUCUAUGAAUAAUGCCGUCCAUAUUUUUCCUUAUCUUGUUGCUAGGUAACUCCACCUCUUUUAACCAAGUCUGGUGAAAUGGUAAGUGAGUGUGUAUGAUUUGAUCAAUAGGAGAAUAUGAAGGUGCUUUUGAAGUUUACAGAUUAAAUAUAGCACAUGCACAGCUUAUUAUUGUGUAUGUGAUUGGAGUUUGCAAGGUUUGCAGUUCACGGUUGUGUUUAGAUUGUUGAGAAAAUAAGACAACAAGAAUCAUGAAAUUAACUUUGGCUUCCCGGUUGGUCGUAAAAACCGGUCUGACAAUAAUGUUUUUUUUUCAGGCCGCCAGAAGUCGUGAUGCUGCCACUGCUAUGAUCUUGGAAUUAGCUGUACACAAAGACAUCAAGGUUUGUAACUAGCACAGGAGCGUACAGGUUCGAUAAUUGUCUCCUUACUGUUGUCUUGUAGCCUGAUGUAAUUCUUUUUGCUUUUUAUAGCCACUUGGUGUUAUCCCAGACAUUGUAACACGGCCUUUUAAAGGAAAACAGCAAGUUACAGUGAGUUAAAUUUAAAUAGCACAUGAAUUAAAAGGAACUUUUAUGUUCAUUUUAGCUAAAUUCAGCCGUAAGGAAUUUGGUACCUAAGCAGGCGUAGGCAAUUCCUGACAGAUGCCACCUGAGUUGCUCCACAAAAAGUACGAAAUGGCAUCUUUCCCACUAACACGAGACAUUCAAUGUAGAAAGUUUAUUUAGGAUGCGUCACUCAGUCAUCUGAUGCAGAUGUAUCCUACGGUAGUUGUAUUGCAUAAAUGUUCCAAAAUUCUAUCAUAUGUUCUAAGUUAGACUGACAUGUGCCACACCAGAUACGAAGAACCACUGAAAAACCACCCCUAAGAAGAAGACAUAAAAUCUGUGGAAACGUAUUCGACGUAGAUGGCUAAAUACCUUAUUUCAUUUUUAGACUACUCUCCAAAAAGAACGAAUUCCAAUAAAAGAGUGCAGGACCAAAUGCCUAAAUAGAUAGCCUGCGGUGACCCAAAUAUGGAUAUUCCGAACACGAAAGAAUAUGAAACCUCGGUAAAGACAAAAAACAACCACGACGACUAAGCUGACGGAGAAUGGCACAAAUCUCGCACCAAACCAAAGUCCGAAAACUACCCCACGAACCUUCGCGUGCUUCUUAACUAUGCCUUCAGAAUAUUUAAAAUUCCUGACUAAUUCGUCCCCAUGUCUCUCAAACGUCAGAAAUUACAUUUUCCGUAAUCUUAUUUAACUCUGCAAAAGGCGUACCCAGUUACCAUCCUAGUUAUAAUUUUUUAGUUAGCGCUGGCUACUUAUUUUUAUAUUUUCUCGCUUAACCUGUGUUAUUUGAAAUUGCAGGCAAGAAUGUACAAGAGUAGGAUAGAGAUAAUUGAAAAACUCGUAGGAGUUCUUGAGUUAGACUCUGACAAAAAUGGGUAAGUUGGAAGUAUGAAAAUGGAUUCCCUUUGUCGCGUAAUGUUUGAACCCUAUUCCAACAGAUACAAAAUUUUUGUCCAACAAAACAACAACACUGCUGGGUCGUGUUUGUUCCUUAAGAACAAGCCAAAAAGUUUAAACCUGAUCCAACAGCAUCCAUGACUGUUCAAGGAUACAAUUGAGACCUUUAGAUUCGAAGCCGAAGAUUUUUUUCGCAUAUUCGCAUAUUUUUAGAGAUGAAAAAAACAACAACAAAGCCGAUUCUUUCUUUCGACUUAAUUUCAAUCAGGGGCGGAUCCAGCAUUUUUUUUUAGGAGGCGGUGCACUCUUCUCUUGCUCUACUUCAACACCAAUAAACCACAUAGUUUUUUUUUGCAGAAUACCAGUUGUAUUAGAAAACCACAGGUCAUCGGGGGGGGGGGGUGCGCACCCCCUGCACCCUCCCCCUAGAUCCGCCCCUGUCAAUGUCUCAUUGACGUGGAUAACAGGGAAAAAUAGACACCCCUGAAAACUCAAUUUUACUGUUUUUUAGCAGAAGCGUUACUAGUAACACAGUUUUUUUUUAUUGAAGGUGUUCAAAACCCUCUCCCGAUCGCAAAAUGAUAAAACUUCUAACAUGUGUUAAAUUGCUUCCGUCACUGCAACAUUCUUAUUAGAACUCGUAAUAGAUUGACCACAGCUAUCACGUUUUCCCGCCAAAAUGACGCUGGUUCACGCGCAAGCACUACUAAGUACUGAGAAAAUCUCGUACUCGAUUUUAGUUGUCCUCGUCUUGGAAUCUAAAGCUCUCUUAUAAGAUUUCAAGUUGCUAAGCGUCUGCAGUUAGAAGGUAGAGUAUUGAACAGCUGGGAAAUUCUUCUGUUCUUGUUUUUCUUUUGUUUCCAAUGAAAGGAGUUGGGGUAAUGUUCUAUAGCAGCUGAGGUCGGAAAUCCCCGGCCCCCAUCCUGGCGUCGACGCCACAUGAGGGUUGAGUUUGUUGUUGGUUCUCUCCCUUGCUCCGAGAGGUUUUUCUCCAGGUACCCCCGUUUUGCCCUCUUCUUGAAAUCCAACAAGUCCGAAUUCCAAUUCGAUCUGGAACGCACGGACAUGUUGUGCUCCGUGGGUAAACAAAUUAGAAUUAAUUAUUUCUUUUUGUUGCCAGGAGUCUUUCCACUGGAAACAUAAUGAGGGUAAAAUUAUUUCGUUGAUUUCUAUGGUAGUUUAGUAUGAUAGUUUUCUCUCAGUGGUAGAUACGUUUGCACUUCAAGAUGGUUUAUUUAAUAGUGACUGUUUCCUUGAAUCACCAUCCCUUCUCUCGAUCAAAAUAGCAAAUAGGCGUCCCCGACCCUCUAAUUAAUGCCCCCCGCCGUCCUAACGUUCUUAAAUAGAAAGGAAUCGCGUUUUGAUCUGCGACAAUAGUACCAUCUCCUUCAUUAGGGCAGUUCCUGUUAUUCGCUAUCUUGUGCAUUAAUAAAUUUAUAUAGCCCAACUAAAGUAAUUCCUUGUAGAGGACACUUAAUACCCCAACACUUCUUUGAAUAAGGGCCGUCUCUUUUGCCCAAGUUUUAAAUAAGCGCUCGGGUGGUUAGGGAAGACUGUAAAGGGUCUUCCUUAUUUUCUCUCUUACCAGGUUGUUUUACCCGCGCUCGAACACACUAGCGGUGAUGUGAGGGAUCCUGCGUGUCGGUUGAUUCUUGAGCUGUACAGAAAGGUGAAUGCAGUGUUGAAUGUUUUAUUACAGUUUUAUACUCAAACUAACACAAAUGGAUGAAGAAACUAUUAAAGCAACGGCUUACAAAAUGAAAAAAGAACGAGGCGAAUCGAAAUUUCCACCGAGUCAAGCAACAGCUCGUUCAGACGAGUUGUGUAAUGACCAUUCUUUUAGUAUUUACCUUAGCUAACUUCAUUCUGGAUUAGUUCUCUGUGGGGGAAGUUCCAGUAAGAAAAAUGUUACAAGUGAGAAGCUAGAGAAGCAAAUAAAUGCCCAGGAAUUGCCGUAUUCAUGACAAGCCAAUAAUUUAUUAUCUACUAGUAAUAACCAAAGGUUACGUAGUGCGGGCGACAGCGAUCGAAGAUCAAACCGCUUUUGCUCCAGCGCUGUGUUUUGUAUAGGUUUCACGUGACAGAUGGUCAAAACACGCGUGAUCAGAUUACGAGGGGUAGAAGGUCGAAACGCGCUUGUUCAAAUUGCGUUCUGUGCAUUCCAUUCAUUCUUAGUGGAAGUUCAAACGAAUGUUUGCUACAUACAUGCGACGCAUGCGCAAUAACAACCUGGAGAUUAGGAUUGCAGGCUUCUCUUGUCGCCCGCAACUAGAGUUUCAACUGAAAAAUUUCCACAAAUAUAAACCACUGAACAAUUUUAAAGUUACCAAAACUGAUGUGAACUGAGGUGAAUUUUUGUUACCAGUAUUGUGGACCGUCUUCCACAGUCAGAUGUAAGAAUGCAAAGAAGACCAUCACAGUUAAACACGCAAGUUAAUUAUGCAGUUGCCAAAAGAAUAUCUUGUAGCCGGGGACUAAAGAAAUAAAUGCAAAGAAGAUCAUGGCAGUUAAAGUCGAAACUUAUUCAGUUCUCUCCCAUUUUUUUUCUCCUUCUGGUGAAAAAAAAAAAGAGAAAAUUUACACGCCCAUGAAAGGACGAUUUUUAUCACCGAAGAUAAACGCGUAGAUUUAGUGUGGAUUCAUUAUUUCAUAUCUUCGUAAAAACGCCAAAACAGUUACAUACAGAAAAAUACAUAGAUACAUUAAUUAACAAUGAGGCUGAGUAUCUUAUGAAGAAUUAUGGGGAUCGAGGAGGGUGUUAUCCGUCGAGGCCGUAGGCCGAGGUGGAUAACACCCUCCGAGAUCUCCAUAAUUCUUCAUAUGAUAGGAAAGCCGAAUUCAAUAAUUGUUUUAUUAUUCAUUCAAAAUAAUUCCUAGUUUAAAAACAAAGCUAAACAUGCUUACCUCCAUCGAUGUUAAGUUCACCUUCGAUAGUGCGCGUUUAGAGUUUUUCAGCUCCGCAAAUGUUCUCCAAAUAGCAGAUGUCGCCCUUCGAGUUGUGUUCUUGCUGUUCUUGCCAUGUUUUUAGCUAUAAUUUCGCCUAGUUCUUACUCUUGAAACGAGUAAAAUGUCCGCCAUUUUUUUGUUUUCACAACCAAAACAACUCAAUCUCCUCCCCAGGUCUUCUCGGUUAACGGUGCCUUUGCCUGCAAGAACGCUGCAUUUUUGACGUCAUUUCCUCGUUAAACACAAAAUUCUUCCAAAUUUGGUCGUCAAUAACUGGUUAUGGUGAAUUAUGCGUGUGGUUUUACUGAGCCAUAUCAGAAUCGGGGAAAUAUUUUGAAGAAAUAAUAAUUUCUCUUAUUAUGCAUUCAAAAUAUUUCCCCAAUUCUGAUUGAUUAAAAGCACGCACCAUAACCAGUUACUGAUGACCAAAUUUGGAAGAAUUUUGUGUUUAACGAAGAAAUGACGUCAAAAAAGCAGCCCACUACAGGUUAAUGCACCGUUAACCGAGAAGACCAGGAGAUGAUGAGUUGUUUUCGUUGUGAAAACUAAAAUGGGGACACUUCACUCGUUUCAAGAGUAAGAACUACUGCUGGAACUAGGCGAAAGAAUGGCUAAAAACGUAGCAAAAACAGCAAGAAGACAACUCGGAGGGCGACAUCUCCUAUCUGGAGAAUAUUUGCGGAGCUGGACAAACCUAAACGUGCACUAUCAAAGAUGAGCUUAACAUCGAUGCAGGUAAGCAUGUUUUAGCUAUGUUUUUAAACUAGGAAUUAUUUUGAAUGAAUAAUAAAGCGAUUAAUGAAUUCGGCUUUCGUAGGAUAUGAAGAAUUAAGCGGAUCGAGGAAGGUGUUAUCCACCUUCCUCGAUCCGCUUAAUUCUUCAUAUCCUACGAAAGCCGAAUUCAUUACGUGUUAAAUAUACCCUCAGUCCUGCAACCCAUUAUGUGUGUACAUACUUCUUGUCGCAGGUCAAAGAUAAAGUUCGUGAUUAUCUGCCUCCUGAUGAACCAGCCACCAGGAAAAACCCGCUGUAUAGAAACCUGUUUGACGGGUUUGACAAGAUUGAUGGCAAGCCUACAGAGGCAGAGAGAAGGGUUUGUCUAAAAAUGUUUUGUUUAAAAGUAAGGGAUAAAGAGGAUAUUUAAGGACUAACGCUAUUUUAUCUAAUGUUCAUGUAUUUACAGGCUCAAGCUAAAGCUGCUACUGAGAAUUCUGAGAAAGCCAAACAAGCCGAGGUAUAGCCCCACUAUCCAAAUACAAAUUCUUCAGUUUCAUCUCCAUAAAUUUCCGCAAAGAAUUAGUCAAGAGAAUAUCAGAGCGUUAUUAUGACUAGUAUAACACUUCGCAUUAUCGGAAAUGAAACAAGAACAUUUCCUUAACAAGAGAUAUCCCACAAUUUUAAGCGUUGAAUUUAUUAUGUCUUUACCUUGGAUUGCGUGCAUUUUUUAUUAAAAUCCCGAGAGUAUGAUCAGCGACCCACCCUCCCCACCCCCAGAUAUGAUGAGCGAUGGACCACCCAUCACGCCCACCUGUGGACAGCAACCAUUUUCACCCCUCCAGAUCCCAUUGUGUAUUUUUGUGCAUUUUACGAGGUUAGAUUAAUAUCGGUAGCUAUUUUACGUCUGUUAAAUCCAACAAUUUUACUCCUAGAAUCAAACCCCAGAAAAUUCGAUUGUUCUGUUUUCCUUCUUAGAUCGCAGCGUUACAGGCCCAAUUGCAGGCGCUAAGAGACAUGGCUGGGGUAUGUAUAGCCAUGUAUGAUUAUUUUAUUAACCUUCAAUAAAAUAGAAGCUUUUUCAUCAUUUUAGUGACUGGUUUAAACGAAGUCGGUCAAUUUUCCUUUAAUUUGUUAUUCCUUAAUCUUUGACCGUUAACCCUUAAGCGUUGUAUUGGAAUAUUUUCUAAAAUAAGAUACUUUGUUAGGCAACAAGUCCUUAUUCAGUUAUAUUACUCACUAAUUUAUCCCUUCUUGGUUUAUAGCUUAAUUAACUGGGGAAAUACAUAUCAAACCUAUCUAAGGCCACUUAUUAUCCUCCAGAUUAAAGCAGUAAGGAUAAUUAUCUUCUCUGAUUAUAAAUCCCAUUCUUGUCCUCUCUUACAUGAGCAAAGGCUACUUAAAUUAUGUGGUUUAAUAUAUAUAGACAAUGCUUUUUUUAUGUACGACUUACUCAAACAGGUUCCUUAGUAAAUAUACUUUUAAACCAUGAAAAAAGUACACCAAUAUGAAACCAGACCGACCUCUAACGCUUCCCGAAGAUGGUCGUUAAAAAACAGACUUGGUGAUGGAAUGAUAAAACAAUUAUUAAGCUCGGUUAUCGAAAAAUAUCGCGAUUUGCCAGUGUCUCGCACAUCAAUUAUUUGUCUCAGCCUUCGGCUUGGGCAAAUAAUUGAUCUGCUCGCCACUGACAAAUCACGUUGUUUUACUCAACCUCGUCCAAUAAUUGUUAAUUAUUUCCUUAUAGCUAGGACCAUUGUUCAUUCUUACCUGACGCACAAGUGGUCUUGAUCUUUGUCGGACGUUCAUAACCAACCUCUUUAGGGAUUAUACGAGGUUAUAUAAUGUUUGUUCUCUCUGGCAACAAUCAUUUUAAGCCUGUUUUUCACUAGUUUCGGCGUCGUAAUCGAUGUCGAAUGAGUGGUCAUGAAUUAGUGAAUGUCGUAAUCGUAAGCGGAGUUAUUUCUGAAAAAUAAACCAACCAAUAACAGUGCUUUUUCCCGGUUCCUGAUUAUUUAUGGAAGCGAAAAGCUGUUUAUAGCUAAAUUUUCCUCUUGACGCUAAUCGUUAACUACCACAUUGUCUGAAAAAGAAAAAUAUGCACGCUGGCUUCAUCGAAGGCUGAACUUAACUGUGAUGUCCCUUAUUUUAUUUUUUUAUCUUUGUUUUCAGGCGGCAUCUGCUAAACCAGCUAGUUCAAAGCCAGCAAAAGGUCAGUAGCCAGUCUAUGUGAUACGAAGCAUAAGGGAGAGUUAGCAAAGGCAACACGAUAGAAAGGUUUAGGCUCUGUUCUCAGGUAUCAGAAUAUUCUAUUGUGUUGCGUUGGCUAAAUCUCCCUUUUCGCAGCCGUUGUACAGCCGUUGUCGUCGUGGUUGAUCUGCCCUUUUGACUUGGGCCAAUAAAUUUUAUCAAUGUUUGUUUUUACUUGCGACCGAGUUGGCGUCGCUACUAAAUUCGUUUGCUCUGCGAAAAUCGGAAGAAUCAGAAAGUUUUUAUUUCCUUCCGAGUCGGCUUGUAAAAGACCACCCGGCCAAUCAAAAUGCUUGUUCCCGCGUUUUGUGAAAGGUCUUGUAUUCCACUUUUGCUUACAGCUUGGACAGUCCGGUUUUCGUUUCAUCGGCGGAGAAGUAGGCGGAAUUGGAGCUCCGUUUUCACUUGCGCACGUCCCUAGCCCCAUUAUUGCACACGACUUAUGCGUUUCGGGUCACGUGCUAGAAGCGAGUCUCCUCGCCGUUCCUCUCGGCUCAGUCGCUGAUAUGCUUUGACCGAGAGGGCCUGGCAAGACGCCGUGUAGGGACUAGGCAGUCGACUAGGCAACGUUUUCAGUAGAUUAUAAGGCUUUUGAUGCCGACUCGGUAGUAAAGGCUCGUCUUUGGAGGAGAUAUUUGGAGGAGGGAUAAAGUAGGAUGUUAAGGAUUUCAAAAGUCGCCUUCAGCUGUAGAAAUAUCCAACUGGUUUUGAAAAGAUAUCUUUCUUUCACUUGCGUUUUUAGUUUGCCUUGUAAGAGGGUGCUUACGGUUUCCUGCAUGUUACAGUUCCUACUCCCUUGAUUAAAACAUCUGGCUUGGUGUCCCUGUAUCAAGGGAUCAUGUGACAUGCUACAGCAAUCCCGUGAAGCAUAUUGGGCUUGCAGCCCUUUAGUAGAGGCUGUAUGGCAAGUUAGUCUUCACACAAACUAAAAAUCACGUAAUCUUAUCUGACAUGCACAGUCAUUAAAUGUAUUGCGUGACAUUGCAAAAUAGCGGCUCUGAACCAUAGAUUUUCUAUUUUUCAAAUGGAUAAGUAUAUCAACGGCAAGAGCAUGAAAACUCGCAUUCUGAAUGUGCAAAAAGCUUCCAAUCAAUUCUUUCCCAUCGAUACAAAGGCAUCAUUCGCGAAGCAAGUUUUAUUAAUUCUGGUUGUUUGCUUUUUUUCUUAGAUGAGCUUGUGGAUGUAGACAGGUAAAGAACUUUUUGAUGAUGAUGAUGAUGAUGAUGAUUUAUUUAUUUAUUUAUUUGUUUAAAGAAGCAAUCUUUCGAGUCAGUAUUAAGCUUCAGGAAAUCUCUACUCCAAUUAUCGACACGACUUUCGAAAAAUGAAAUAAUGGCAUAAACCGUGUUCACUGAUAAAUUCAAGACUCUGAAAACCCACCUUUAAGCGACACAUACCCGCUUAGACCAAAUAAGGGAUUGAUCCCCUCCUCCACCCCACGGGCGUCAAUAGAGAGCUUUAGAUUUGAGGACGAGAAAGAGUACGAGUACUAGAUUUAACUUAAAGUUUCUGCGCGUGUUCUCAAAAAAGGAAAAAGACACCCUCCCGGAAAGCUUCAUUUUACUUUUCUUCACCAAAAAAGUUAUUACGGUUAUUUAUACUGAAGGAGGUUAAGCCCUCUCCCGAUAGCAAAACGAUAAAACUUCUUACUUUUGAUAACCUGCUCCCGCCACUACGACAUUUUCGCGGCCAUUUUCGCUAAAACUCGUGGUAGAAUGACGGCGGUUAUCACGUUUUCCCGCCAAAAUGACGCUGGCUCACACGUUUGCGCUAUUUAGUACUGAGAAAACCUCGUACUCGUAGUAGUCCUCGUCCUCGAAUCUAAACCUCUCUGAUAUGUGUGUGGGCUAUCGAAUUUUCUCGUGAAAGUUUUAACUUUGUUAUACAAUAUUAUUCAGGAUGUGUAUCUUCUGUGGUGAAACCAACGAGUCUUUCACAGAAGAGAUGCUAGACAUGCAUUAUUGGAAGAGCUGUCCCAUGCUGAAAAGAUGCGACCAUUGCGCUCAGGUAGUAACACUUUGCUUUCCUUCAGUGGCAGCCCCAGAAACUUGAUGGUGCAUUCCAUUGGGAUAGUCCGGAUCAGGAUCAGUGAUCCGAGAUCACUCGGAUCUGAUCGCACAUUAAUGGAACCGACAAAUCCACCUCGGGAAAGGAGUUAUCGGUUCUUUUAAUGCGUGCCAUGAUUCGCGCGAUCUCGAAUCACUCAUCCUAAUCCGGAUUACCUAAAAGGAACACACCCUUUUGUUCUCGGGAUUUUUAAGCUCUGGGAGGUUGCAGCCCUAAAGUGUCUGGAGAUUGUUUGAGAUAUCAAAUGUGUGCUAUAAGCCACUUCGGUCAAGGUUUCCGAUGACCUUUGGAAGUUGUUCGUCCAUUUUUCUAGGGUAGUUAUCCGAUUGUUACGAGUUUUUCUGUUUUGUUGUUGAACAAUUUCUUCGAAAUUACAUUGUAAAACAAAGCACUGCGGCAAAUUGUCAUCGGCAUUUGUUCCUUGAACGAAAAGUUACAGAUUUUCUCUUGUGUAACAAUGGUACCUAUAAAGGACCAUUGCAGACGUCGAAUGUCGAACUUCUCAUCUGCUAAACAUAUUGCUUAUAAGCUAGAGAAACAGCGCGUGUGAGCCUCAUCGCUUAAAACUUCAAGCAAAACCAAAAUACUCUAAAGUACUAAAAAAAAGUUAAAGAACUCGAAGACGUUGGCAAAUGUAUGCCAUUGGGUGUGAACAAGUCACCGAAUUCCUCAAGUGAGAUUGACAAUGUAACAGGAGACUUUUAGCCAAUCUAAUCAGAAGAUCUCAUAAAGUAACUUUUAUCAACCCACCCGUUCCCUUACUUAGCUUUCCCUCCCCUCCCGUUAUUCUCCCCAGGUGAUAGAAAUCUCAGGUGUGAGUGAGCAUUUACUGACCGAGUGUGAAUCCAGUGAUAAGUUCGCUCAGUGUCCGCGUUGUAAGGAGGCGAUUCCUAAAGAAGACCUUGAUGAACACUUUGCUGAGAAAAGCUGCCAGGGUAAGUAUUUAUAGUCGACUCCCGAUAACUCGAACCUUCAAGUGGAAUCGAAAAACUUUCGAGUUAAUCGGGACUGUGCAGUGAACAUUUUAUUGUAGAAAUGUUAAGUGGAGAUUGAAAGAUACUUUUAAAUUAUAAAUCAGAACGUAACGUAACAAAACAUAGCCUAAAUAGAGCAUGCGUUUUACUGUUUUGAGAAUAAAGCUGUUUUACGUAAGAUUUGUCACAAACAAUAUCAACCUCGAUUAGUAAACUACGUGCCUAAAACACGUCAAUGGGAAAUUCAAAAUCCAAUGUUUCGGACGCCAGUACACUGUUUUUCCCGACUUUUUAAGCGCUCAAAACACGGUUUGAGUUAUCAAGGUUAAAAUCAUAGAAAUGAUCUGUUACGCGUUUCGAACAGCCCUGAUUUCGUUAUUUGAUCCUGAACACAGCUGCGCCAAUAUUUUGGCGAACAAGUCAGUUGAUUCCCUAGACACUGACUAAAACUGACUGUCUAUUAUAUAUUUGUCUGUGUUUUUUGUAGCAUCCAAGGGUCCCCGCUGCAUCUUGUGUAACAAAGUUCUUGGUAAUGGCGAUGAGGUAUGUGGUCCUUGUUUAUUAGGAAAAAAUAGUGAAGCAACGAAGACGGAAACGGCAACAAGAACGGCAAAAAGGCAACAGGUUUUGGUUGGCAAAACAACAACUUUGCACGUGCAUCACGCCUUUUUUGUACAUUUCUUUGCCGUCUCUGUACGACUACAACGUGAACUUCCUAAUUUCACGUUUUAUGGAGGACGAGAACAUUGCACAACGAUUUUCUUUUUGUUUUUGUGAACUUAGAUACAGUCCUUUAGAACUCAACUCCUGAAAAAAUCACCAACAUUUGACAAAUUAAAAGUGUUGUAAUAUGAGCGAUGAAGUCGUUGUUGUUUACGCUCCCUAACAUCUGUCGUCUGUUACUUUCCUCCAGGAAAUUUGUCAUUCUUCUUUUGCAGACCGUUUCACGGAAUUAUCCUAAAACGUUACACGCACACACAGAGUCAUUUUAGUUUCUUCACUCAUCACACCCCACGUUCUGCGAUGUUUUCUUGCUAUCAGCCUCGUCGUUUCCAUGCUUUCCCCUGUUUUCUUCUGAAACUAUGUUUUAUCACAUUAGGUGUGGAGUAAGCAUUUAAAGGAAGAGUGUGCCCCAAAUAAGGCGAGACUUCAACAGCAGUCAGGUAAAAUUCUACAGUUGCCCUUUCUUUAGCUCCUUGUGGGUUUCUGUCACAAAUUUUGCGACGCCUUGCUUAACUAAUCAACUUGUAAUGGAGUGAACUGAGCAUAUCCUAUUGACUAAGGAAAUCAAAGGUAGAAAGGAAACAGUUAAAGAUAUUAUACUCUUGCGAGAGCCAUGCACUGCUAUUUUCGACUUAGCGAUGCUGAUUAUCAUCCCAUCGCUUGUGGAGUGCUGUGUGUAUUCAUAAAGAUUUUCUACUAAGGUUUGGGUAUGUCGUGUAAAACUGAACCCUAUUCUGUGUAAUAGUAUCUAAUCCUCACACGUUCUUGGUUUACUUUCAGCCGCCAGCAAAGCUCCAAGCCAAGCGAGUCUUCGGAGUACCCGUGGCAGAGGAGGCAAGACCACGCCCCUUGGAAGGGGUGCAGGAAAAGGGAGAGGUCGGAGAGGCGGGGCAAUGCCGAGGUGAUGACACGCUUCCCACAGAAUGGCUUCAGUGUUUGUUUUACAGCCAAAGAACCUGCUGGAAAAUUUAUUUUCCUUAUCCUUGA